UGCCUCUCUCACUAUUUCCUAUUUGAUUUAUUCAGAAAAGCCUGUACUUAUUGUUAGUUUAUCAUAAAAAGAAUUCUUGAGCAUGCCUACUUGAUACCGUGAAGUAUAUAAGCUUGCUCAGAUAUCACCGCAGCACAUUGCACAUUAAACCACAGUGCUGCACAGAAGUGGGGAAAGUCAAAGAUGGGAAGUCCAAGAGACUACAGUACAUCUAACAAAGUACAAAAGUGUAAAAUAUUGCCUAUAAUCGAAGAGUUUAGUGAAAAUUUAAAGGGUAUAUGUGGAAAGUGUAUGGACGUUGGUUGUGGUCCUGGAGAUAUAACAAAAGAUUUUUUGUUACCAAGUCUUGAUUCAAAUGCACAAAUAAUUGGUACGGAUAUUUCGGAAAGCAUGAUCAAAUAUGCGAAUAAAACACUUAGCGAUGAAAAACGGCUCCACUUUGAAGUAUUGGAUAUUCAAACUAAAAAUUUACCUAAGAAAUAUAUUUCUGAAUUUGAUCAUAUAUUUUCGUUUCACACUUUGCAAUGGUGCAAUGACAUUCGACAAGCCUUUAGGAAUAUGUAUCAAAUGCUACGACCCAAUGGAACUAUACUUUUAUAUAUAAUAGCAUCUCAUGAUCUGUGUGAAGUUUACAAAAUUUUGGAGCAAAACAUCCGCUUUGCGCAAUAUAUACCGGAUACGAUGAAAAACAUUUUUCCGUUUCAUGGGUCAAAUAAUGCUCGCAAAGACUUAAAAGAAUUACUUCAAAGUGUCGGAUUUACAAUUCACCAUUGCAGUCUUCGGGAUGCGAGCUAUUCUGAAGAAAAAUUGAGACAGUUUUUGAACUCGAUAAUAUCCCUCUUAACAUUUCUUGAAGACAUGCCACAAAAUCUGAUGGAAGAAUUCAAGAAUACACUUACAUGUGAAUUUCUAAAAAAAAAAAUUGACUAUAAAUCAAUAUAUAAUAAUCAGGAACUUACAUUGGAUUUAUAUGAAGUAUUAGUAGUUUACGCACAAAAGAUAUAAUAAUCUAUAACAAUUGCGUAAACAUAUAUGCAGUCAUAUAAUAAAAAAACUAGAAGACAGAAUUUUUGUAGCACUAGUUCUUGUAUCAUCAGAUACUUGUAUUAUCA